CGCCCUAGGAACGCGAUGCGGCGCCGCGCCGCCCGGGGGCCUGGCCCGCCGCCCCCCUGGGCCUGGGUCCCGCCGCUGCCGCUGCUGCUGCUCGCGCUGGCCGCCCGUGGGGGCCGCGCGGCGCCCGCGCCCCGGGCCGAGGACCUCAGCCUGGGAGUGGAGUGGCUGAGCAAGUUCGGCUACCUGCCCCCAGCGGACCCCACGACGGGGCAGCUGCAGACACAGGAGGAGCUGUCCAAGGCCAUUGCCGCCAUGCAGCGGUUUGGAGGCCUGGAGGCCACUGGCGUCCUGGAUGAGGCCACCCUGGCACUGAUGAAAACCCCGCGCUGUUCCCUCCCUGACCUCCCAGCGGCGGCCCCGGCUCGAAGGAGGCGCCAGGCUCCAGCCCCGACCAAGUGGAACAAAAGAAACCUGUCGUGGAGGGUCCGCACAUUCCCGCGGGACUCGCCCCUGGGCCGCGACACGGUGCGGGCGCUCAUGCACUACGCGCUCAAAGUCUGGAGCGACAUCACGCCCCUGAACUUCCACGAGGUGGCGGGCAGUGCUGCCGACAUCCAGAUCGACUUCUCCAAGGCCGACCACAACGACCGUUACCCCUUCGAUGGCCCGGGCGGCACGGUGGCCCAUGCCUUCUUCCCGGGGGACCACCACACCGCAGGGGACACCCACUUCGACGAUGACGAGGCCUGGACGUUCCGCUCCUCAGAUACCCACGGUGUGGACCUGUUCGCGGUGGCUGUCCAUGAGUUCGGCCACGCUAUCGGGCUGGGCCACGUGGCGGCCACGCGCUCCAUCAUGCAGCCAUACUACCAGGGCCCGGUGGGCGACCCGCUGCGCUACGGGCUCCCCUAUGCGGACAGGGUGCGCAUCUGGCAGCUGUACGGUGUGCGGGAGUCCGUGUCCCCCACGGCACAGCCGGGCACCCCAGAGCCUGAGGAGCCCCCCCUCCUGCCGGAGCCCCCCGACAAUCGGUCCAGCAUCUUGCCCAGGAAGGACGUGCCCCACCGGUGCAGCGCCCACUUCGACGCGGUGGCCCAGAUCCGCGGCGAGGCCUUCUUCUUCAAAGGCAAGUACUUCUGGCGGCUGACCCGGGACCGCCACCUGGUGUCGCUGCAGCCGGCCCAGAUGCACCGCUUCUGGCGGGGCCUGCCGCUGCACCUGGACAGCGUGGAUGCCGUGUAUGAGCGCACCAGUGACCACAAGAUCGUCUUCUUCAAAGGAGACAGAUACUGGGUGUUUAAGGACAAUAACGUAGAGGAAGGAUACCCGCGGCCCAUCUCGGACUUUGGCCUCCCGCCGGGCGGCGUCGAUGCCGCCUUCUCCUGGGCCCACAAUGACAAGACUUAUUUCUUUAAGGACCAGCUGCACUGGCGCUACGAUGAGCACACGCGUCGCAUGGACCCCGGCCACCCCGCCCGGAGCCCCCCGUGGAGGGGCGUGCCCAGCACUCUCGACGACGCCAUGCGCUGGUCCGACGGUGCCGCCUACUUCUUCCGCGGCAAGGAGUACUGGAAGGUGCUGGACAGCGAGCUGGAGGUGGCGCCCGGGUACCCGCAGUCCACGGCCCGGGACUGGCUGGUGUGCAGAGACCUGCCGGCCGACCCCUCCGAGGGUGGGGACGGAGAGGCCGGGGCCCACGCCCCGCCGGGACAGCACGACCAGAGCCGCUCAGGGGACGGCUACGAGGUCUGCUCCUGCACCUCCCUCGCCGGCCCUCCCCCGCGGGCCUCGGGCCCGCUGCUGGCCACACUGCUCCCGCCGCUGAGCGUGCUGUGGACGGCGGCCCGGGCCCCAGCGCUAUGACAGCCGCGCCGGCCUGCGAGAGGACAGAUGGGACCACAGCCGGGGCCACAAAGUGCAAGGACUAGCGCCGGCCGCUCCGGCGCCAGAGGCAAGCGUCCCUGCAGGACCUCGCCUCGUAGAUGGGGACCGGCCGCCGCCAGCCCCGGGCACAGUCCGCCGGGCCCAGCCUCCCUGCCGGGCAGAGACCAGCAGAGGGCGCUGCUCGCCGGGCGCCGGCCGCGGACACCACAGGAGCGCCGAGCUCUCCCCUCCCCUCGGCCCGGAGACGGCGCCAAGGCCGGGGUCGGGGGCCGGGGCCGCCUUUCCAGCGGGCGAGUGGCUGCCUCUCACGGAACUUCCUCGAGGAUCCGGGGGUGGGCCGAGCCGGGGACGUGACUUCAGGCCACCAGGUCUGUGGACUCUGGAAAGUACAGCUCCGAGGGCACCUCUUCCCCACCCCGUGUCCACAUUAUCGCCCCUGGUGCUUCCGCCCACCCCUGGGGCUUCGUCUCCAGUCCCCUGACUUGAUCAGGGCAGCCCCGAACGCACAGGCGAGCCCCGCAAGCUGGGGCCACAGCAGUCUUCCCUUGUGACGCAUUUCAGACAAACAUGACCUCUCCCUGCUUCUUCA